GUUAAUAGGCCUGCGUGCGCCAUAGGUGUUACAGGCACGAGAGCUAACAAGCAGCAGCAACAGCUCCCCCACCUCCUCGACUCGACACUCGUUCACAACGCCUCGGGUAGCACAGCAGAAAACAGAGAUUGAAAGAGAGAGAGAGAGAGAGAAAGAGAACAAUUGCUAACGCGUAUAGAGUGGCGCGGACCGAUCGGCGAUCGGCAGUUGAAGCACGAUAGAGCACUCGAGUAGAUACGGAGAGUGCGAGGAGCACUGACUGACUGUCUGCUGCCACCCGAUAAACGAGAGUGUGAUCGUUGUAUAUCGUAAUCCACACCGAUCUCUCGGAUACCAGUUUUAUACCGGUUUAUUGUAAUUGUCAAAAGUGUGCGAGAAAGAGAAGAAGAAGAAGAAGAAAGAGUGAGAGGAUGAUUAGGAAGUGAGAUCGGCCACGUUUUAAUCCGUACCCAACGACGACGACGAGACUCGCUUUUGAAAAUUCGUCCGCGAGCCAAGGAAGCUACGGGAUGAAGGGCAGCGACGCGACCCUCGACGAGGUGGCUCUCCACGAGAACGGUCACGCCAACGGCAACAGCAACAACAGCAACGGCAACCAACAGAACGCCAACGGCAACGGCACCACCACGGCAGCAGCAACGGCAGCAGCGUUGAACAACGGCACGAGUCACGCGCACGUCAAGCACAGGCGAGUAUCGAUAAGCGAGCAGCCGCACGAGUCCCUGAACGGGGGCACCAUCAGCACCAUGAUCGGCAACGGCGGUCUCGAGAACGCCGCCUACGAUCACGGCGGCUAUCAUCACGAUCACGACGGCAACAUCGUGCUGACCGUGGGCCCGCAGCGCAAGCGCUCGAUCCUGCACGGCUCGACGAGCCACAGCGUGCCGGGCAGCUGCGAGAAUCUCCACAAGUACGGCGGCGGCCUGUACGGCAACGAGGACAGCUCGUCGGCCAAGCACUACUUCCAUCACGGCCAUCAGCAGCAGCACUUUGUGAGCGGCGCGCCCCAUCAUCACACGCUGCACAGGAAGCGAUCGGCCUUCAGCCUGACCAGCUCGCUGCGCGAAAAGAUCGAGUACUCCGAGGAGCUCGAGAGAUCCUGGCUGUACCUGUUCUGCACGCGCUGCCACGGUCGCGGCGACCCGGACGCCUGGGAGCCCACCGGCUGGAAGAAGGCAUGCCCGGCCCCGUUCUGCCCGUCGUAUCGCAAGUUCGCCCGGGUGCUGUGUCUGCUGCUGCUCGGUCUGCUCCUGUGGGGCGUCGUCUACUCGAUCGCCGGGCCCGACGCGGCGCCGGGCGGGCCCCUCUUUGGCCUCGCAGCCCUCUGCAUCGUGGCCCACUUCGCCGGAUGGAUCGUGUCGCUGUUCAACAUGCCGGCGCUCAUCGGCAUGCUGCUCACCGGCAUCGUCAUGCAGAACACCAAUAUGGUGAACAUCGAGGCGUCGGGCGCGUACAAGCCCUACAUGCCGCUCGUGGCCAAUCUCAGAAAAAUAGCCCUGGUUAUAAUUUUAACGAGGGCCGGCCUCGAUCUCGACCCGGCCGCGCUCAAAGCCAUGAAGAUCACCGUGCCGAAGAUCGGACUGAUACCUUGGUUCUUCGAGGCCGGCGUCGUGGCCGUCGCGGGACACUACGUGCUCGGGCUCGAACUGCUCUGGGCCCUGCUGGCCGCGAGCGUCGUCGCCGCCGUCUCGCCCGCCGUCGUCGUGCCCUGCCUGCUCAGGCUGCGUGGAAAGGGAUACGGCGUUGCCAAGGGAAUCCCGACGCUCAUCAUAGCCAUCGCGGGCAUCGACGACGCCGCCUCGGUGGCGGCCUUCGGCAUCCUCGAGAGCGUCCUCUUCUCCACGGACUCUCUCACGUAUAAAAUUCUGCAGGGGCCGAUCGCCAUUUUCGGCGGUCUCGGCUUCGGCAUCGUCUGGGGCAUUCUGUCGCGUUACGUGCCGGAAAAGGGAGACCCCUUCGUCAUACCCAUGAGAGUAUUGAUGCUGCUGUUUGGCGGACUGAUAGCCGUUUUCGGGAGCGAGGCCAUCAACCUCGGUGGAGCUGGUCCAUUGGCAGUGGUCGCUGCGGCCUUCGUCAGCGCCUUCAUGUGGUCCAGGGAUGGCUGGGAUAUCGAGGACAAUCCAGUCGCCACGGCCUUCGAGAUCUUCUGGAUGAUCUUCGAGCCGAUCCUGUUCGCGCUUACGGGCACCCAGAUCCGCUUCGAGGACUUCGGGGGCAGCAUCGACGUGUACCAGGUGAUCGGCUGUCUGCUCGCCGCCAUCGUCAUCCGGCUGAUCGUCACUGUGGGCGUGUCGUUCGGCUCGCGCUUCAACACGAAGGAGAAGAUCUUCAUCGCCCUGGCGUGCAUGGCCAAGGCGUCGGUGCAGGCGGCCCUGGCGCCCGUCACCCUCGACCGGGUCCUGGAGAAGGGCCUCGACGCGCACGCCCAGGGCCAGGCCAAGCUCAUCCUCGUGCUGUGCAUCAUGUCGAUCCUGCUGACGGCGCCGUCGGGCGCCAUCCUCAUCAUGACGACGGGCCCGCGGCUGCUGACCAAGACCCGGGUGCCUCCGAUCGGCGCGGGUGGCCACGCGGCCGGUGGUCCCGAGGGCUCGCAGAACGGCGACAACUGGCGGGCGCGCAGGCCCUCGAUACGCGACAUCUCCAUCAUCGACGAGGUGCCCGAGGUCGACACGGUGGUCAUGCCCUCGAGCGCCACGAGCCUCUACGGCGACGGCCUUCCAACGACCACCAAUCCGUCCGUCACGUCGGGCCCCAACAGUGGCGCCGAGAAUCACCGAUGAUGACGACGACGACGUUCUUCGUCGUUAUCGCUGCUCGCGUCGCACUCGUUACACAUACAAAUCAGCAGCAGCAGCAGCAGUGGCCUCCGAGCGGGUACACACCGUUUGCACACAAACACAUCAUACACAAGUACACAUGCACACAAGGCGGCAUAACUUAUGCACAUUAUAUAUAGUGCCAAACGGUGAUUCGUAGAUUUAAUCGGGCUGAUCGUUAGUGCUAGGGAAACAAUCAUCAGCGCGUUAUACAUACACACGCUUGUGUAUAUUCCAUAUACAGACAUUUACACACACUCACACAAACACGUGUACACGAAUAGAUGAUAACUAAGGAAAAAAAAAUGUUAGGUAGAUUGUCAAAAACAAAUGUCUAAAGUAUUAAGUAGUUUUACAUGUAUGAUAGAUAUACAUAUUUGCAUGUAGUUAUCUAUGUUUAGCAUAUAAUAUAUGCGCGCGCGACCACGAGAAGCGAUCGAUCUCAGUUUAAACGUGUACAUAUAGUUGUAUACAGGCCACGGUUUCGUACAUACAAACAUACAUACAUAUAUUACACACAACACAACACAUAUACAUAGAGACAGAUAUGCAAUAUGUGUGCCAAAGAGUAGGGAGGACUUUUUAAUUGAAAAACAUUGAAUUAUCAAUGAAAAAGGCGAUUCGCAAUUUUGCCACUCGUUGACGUUCUUCGUUGGUCAUUUCGAUGUGUUACUGUACAAUAUAUAGUUAUGAAUGUGGUUCUCGUUUUACCUUUUUUUUUCUCUUCCUUUCUUUUUCUUUUUUUUUUUUUUUUUUUUCAUUGCAUACCACAAAUGAAUCGCGCGCGAGAAAGGGGAUGAAAAAUAGGGAGAGUGAAAACGAUCGAGAGAUUGAGAUUGUCGGUUGCAUUUUAAAAACGUGUGUAUGCGUGUGCGCGUCUGUCUUCGUUGAAGAUUUUUGUAUUCAACUUCGUUCUGUAUACAAAUGUAUAGUUUAUGUAUUUAACAGCUCGCUCGUAUGGGGGCGAGACAUACAUGUGUACUUUUUAGCCUGCUAUAUAAGAUUAUAAAUAAUUGUUACUCUUUACAGAUAAUAUUAUAUACAUAAAAAAUAUAUUUAUGAAUGUUAGAUAGUCGAAACGUGUAUAAAAUACAAGCAAAAAGAAGAAAGAUAAUUACAAUUAAUGACUUAUA